UUUCUGAAUUGUAACAAUUGUAAUUCAACGAGCGCUUGCGCAUAUUAUUGAUUCAACACCUCGGUUUAGACCUCGUCAGCUGUGAGAUUUAUAGAAGAGCAGAGAGAUAAUGGCGAGUAGAAGAAACCAAUUCCUUCGAGUUCUCUUGAUAUUUACAGUAGUGGUAUUUAGAGGUGUUACAUCCAAUAUCAACGACGGAAACUUCGAUGGAAGUAACUUCAAUAAAUUUGAUGCUUCUUACCGAUUUUCUCACGAUCAGUUUUUGGAAUUCUAUAAUGCGCCACUGCAUCCCAUUGAAAAUCAUUUCUGGCGAAGUCCCGAAAAUCUUGGUGAAGUUUCUGGGGUCGCUGUGGAACCAACAGGGAAUCUUAUAAUUUUUCAUCGCGGAGAUCGAACAUGGAAUCACGACACUUUCGACGAAAAUGCAAAAUACCAAGAGAAAUAUAAAGGUCCCAUCCGUGAGAAUACAGUAUUAACGGUAGAUUCUAAAAAUGGUAAUAUUAUUCGCGGUUGGGGAAAUCAAACAUUUUACUUACCGCACGGAAUUCACGCCGAUCCUUUUGGAAACAUAUGGCUGACUGAUAUUGCUCUCCAUCAAGUAUUUAAGUACUCGGCUUUCGGUGUUCUUCAACUGAUUCUCGGUCAAAGAUUUAUGCCUGGAAGCGACAUAAAUCAUUUCUGCCAACCAACCUCGGUCGCAGUUUUAUCAAGUGGCGAGAUCGUCGUUGCUGACGGAUAUUGCAACAAUAGGAUAGUACUGUUUGAUAAAAGGGGCAAUCCUAAAUAUGCUAUCGGCGAAAAUUGGAUUACCUUGAGAAUCCCACACGCCUUGACAAUUUUGCCAAAUGAACAAGUAUGUAUUGCUGACCGCGAAGAUUUCAGAAUUGUAUGCCUGGAUGUAACAUUCUCCGGAUUGAAACAAAAUUCGUAUCUUCCUUAUUCGAUUCAUCAUCCACAAUUUGGUCGAAUAUUCGGAAUUGCGUCGUACCGUGGUUUUAUUUACGCCGUGAACGGAAUGACAUUUAAAAACAUACAAAUUAAAGGUUUCACUAUUGAUUCCAUAAAUCGGAAUGUGAUCGAAUUUUGGAGCCCGGAAUCUUCAGUUUUUACUAUGCCUCAUGCCAUUGCUGUGUGUCCUUAUGGUAGUGCCCUUUAUGUCUCAGAAAUUGGACCAAACAAAGUAUGGAAGUUUGAUCUAGUGACCAAAUCUAAUAACACAGAUGUUAAGCAACUAGUAUUAAACAGAGAGUGGAAAUAAUUGAUCAUUACUUGUAACGUUAUAAUGCCGCCGCGCCGUUACAGUUACUUUUUGUUUUAACAGACUGGAAACAGCGUUACCUUUUUUUUUAUAAAGGUAAUGCAGUUACAUUUUUUGGCGACGAUAACGAUUAUAGUUAUUCAUAUCACCAUUUUUUAUAUUUUAAAUCUAUUUAUUACAAUAAUUGUUUAUACAUUUAGU